UCUCGCCCUCCUCCAGUUACUCAGUCCUAAAUUGAGCUCGCUUAAGUGCUGACAGACGAUUGGAGAAGAUAGUCUUCCUGUGCCUUUAGAUAGAUAGAUAGAUAGAUAGAUAGGUGAAGACAGAGAAAGGGAAUUCUGGAUGGGAAUUGUCCUCAAUGUACCGUUCAUGUCAUCGAGGCACUGGCACGCGCUCUGACAAGACUGCGUUGUAACUUAGAUUUAGCGAUAGUUACGUCUCUACCUUUAAUUGUUAAAGAGACUUCGGAAUGCGAAGAGACAUCGGGUCAGACUGGCAAAUAAUACAAAAUGAUCAGAGAAGUAUACGAGCACGUGUAGUUCAGUCCUCGUUAUUGUAGUUGUCUUGAUCUGACAUAACGGCGUUUUGAUUCUAGCCCGUUCUGACAGUUCAGUUCUUUUGUGAAUGCAGUGACUUGCUGCUUGUGGUGCUAGUGUGCAGUUACGUCGUGGCGCUUUGUCCGUGGCUACUGGCGAAGUGCGGCGGAGAGAUACAGUUGUAUUACAUCAGUGCACCAAGUGACUGGAGUGCGACACAAGAGAAGAGACAGAGCUCUGGCUGAAUGCUGCGUGUUGAGGGAGGGGUGUUAAUUAUCAUUAAGAUUUGCACUAGUCGAAGUAUUUAAGCACCAUUUAGAGUAGAGGUGCAUUCAUGGAAUGCGACUGUGGCCUCUUCCCACUGCCUAUUUAACUUUGACCAAGACAGUACAGAGGAGCAUCAAAGAAAGCUGGUAGAGGUGAUGGCAGAGACAACCCUGGAGCCACUGUCCUCUCUGGACGUAGCAAUCGAUCCAGAUUUUGAGCCACAGAAACGGCCAAGAUCAUGCACUUGGCCACUGCCAGAGUCCAGCUCGGGGAAGCCUGCAUCCAAUGACACUGACAUAAUCCCAGAGGAAGAGGAUGAUGAGGAUGACAAUGCGAUGGCAAUCAACGGCAACAGCAUGGGUGAAGGAGAGGACAAUGGCAGCCCAAGCCUGUCUGAGGAACUGCAUGCCACUAGCGGUCAAGAGAACACAGGCUCCCCGCUUUCUUCUCACCCCACUUCUGCAUCCACGGCAAGUCUGGAGGAGAGCGGUCAGGGCAGCCAACAGCAAACUCCCCGGAAGUCAUCUUCAAGGAGGAACGCAUGGGGCAACCUGUCCUAUGCAGACCUUAUCACGAAAGCCAUUGAGAGCACCCCAGACAAGAGACUGACAUUGUCCCAGAUCUACGACUGGAUGGUCAGAAGUGUCCCAUACUUUAAAGACAAAGGCGACAGCAACAGCUCAGCUGGUUGGAAGAACUCCAUCAGGCAUAACCUGUCCUUGCAUAGCCGUUUUAUCCGUGUACAGAAUGAGGGGACUGGAAAGAGCUCGUGGUGGAUGAUCAAUCCUGAAGGGGGGCGGGGAGGUAAAGCGCCAAGGCGACGUGCAGUCUCCAUGGACAAUGGUAACAAAUACACCAAGACUGCACGUGGGCGUGCAGCCAAGAAAAAGGCAGCGCUGCAGGCUGCCCAGGAGGGUUCGCUGGAGAAUGUUUCUGCUGGUGGUCUGUCCAAGUGGCCAGGAAGUCCCACUUCCCGGAGCAACGAUGAAUUGGAAUCCUGUUGGACUGACUUCCGCUCACGAACUAACUCCAACGCUAGCACCGUUAGUGGACGCCUGUCACCUAUCCUGGCCAAUCCAGAGCUUGAUGAUGUUACAGAUGGCCCACCCCUGUCUCCAAUGCUCUACUCCAGCCCCAGCAGUCUUUCUCCCCCCUCGUCAUCCUCAUCAAACGCCAAAACGUGCCCUGCUGAACUUCCAGGGCUAGCUGACUUAACUGGCACAAUGAAUCUCAAUGAGGCUGACAACCUAAUGGUCGAUCUGUUGGACAACAUCGCCACAAAAGUGCAAGUAGUUCAAGGGUCUUCUGCAUUCAGUUUUGGCUCCAAGAGCACCACAUCACCCACAAGCUCCUCUUCAUCCCAAACUGUGAGCAACAACACCGGAGGAUUCAGUAACACCAUUUUUGGUUCUACAGCAGGAGGCCUACGUCAGACGCCCAUGCAGACCAUCCAGGAAAACAAGCAAAUGUCAUUCUCUAGUGUUUCUUGUUUUGGGAACUCACUUCAGGAGCUGCUGAAUUCUGAUUCUCUGGUUACGCACAGUCAUAGUGACGUCAUGAUGACGCAGUCCGACCCACUCAUAUCACAGGCCAGCGCUGCUGUCACCUCUCAAAACUCCCGUCUUCGCAAUGGCCUCAUGCUGCGUAAUGAUCCCAUGAUGUCAUCCUUCAGUUCUGUGCUCAAUGGGCGAAGCAGCCACCUCCAGAACAAGCAACAGGGGCCCAAUGUCCAGGGUUCUUUGCGUUCCCUCUCCAACAACAGGGCGCAGAGUCUAGCUAACGAUGCUAAUAAUUUAGUCUCUGCAAAACAGCACCUCCAGCCACAACCCUCCAUGUUGAUGACAGAGACUUCGCUUUACUCUGGCCUUAAUGGAAGUAACGGGGUGGGGAUCUGUCACCCCUCAGGAACAGAUUGUUUUCCAUCAGACUUGGACCUGGACAUGUUUAACGGCAGUCUGGAUUGCGAUGUGGAUUCCAUAAUUCGCUCAGAACUAAUGGACUCUGAUGGACUAGAUUUUAACUUUGAUGCACUGGUGCAAAACGCAGUUAGUCUGAAUCCUGUGGUAAACUUCACUGGGACGAAGCAAUCCAAUCAAAGUUGGGUGCCUGGCUGACGGCAGUCACUUAGCUCAGAACUGCAGAGAUAACAACAAACAACAGAAUGACAACUACAAAGAAAUAUC